AUGCGAGUCGUGAUGCCCCGAACCCUUGUCCUGCCGCUGUCGGGGACCCUGGCCGUGACCAAGACCUGGGCGGGCUCCCACUCCCUGAGGUAUUUCUCCACCGGCGUGUCCCGGCCCGGCCGCGAGGAGCCCCGCUUCAUCAUCGUGGGCUACGUGGACGACACGCAGUUCGCGCGGUUCGGCAGCGACGCGGCGAGUCCGAGGAUGGAGCCGCGGGCGCAGUGGAUGGAGCGGGAGGGGCCGGAGUACUGGGACCGAAACACCAGGAAGGCUAAGAACCAAGCACAGACUUGCCGAGUGAGCCUGCACACCCUGCGGGGCUACUACAACCAGAGCGAGGCCGGGUCUCACACCGUCCAGUGGACGUCUGCCUGCGAAGUGGGGCCCGACGGGAACCUCCUCCGCGGGUACAUGCAGUUCGCCUACGACGGCGCGGAUUACCUCGCCCUGAACGAGGACCUGCGCUCCUGGACCGCGGCGGACACG